AUGGCCACGCCUCCCACCCAAGGCCCAGCAGGCCCGCAAGCUGGACAGCCGAUGCCAGGCCCCGGCGGUCCCAUGCCGCCGCCGCUCCGUCCAGGACAACAACCUACACCGGAGCAAAUUCAAUUCAUGCAGCGCCAACUGGCUGCAGAGGCGCAGAAGCACGGCAUGACCGUGCCGCAGUACGUCGAGCAGCUGAAGGCGCAAGCCAUGCGCCAACAGCAGAUGAUGCAGCAGCAGGCUCAGCAGCAAGCUGCUCAGCAAGGUGGCCCGCCUCCGCAGCCAGGACAACCGCGCCCUAUGCCUCCCGGAGCUCAGCCUGCUCAGCCCGGUCCGCCAACUCCUCAGGCGCUCGCUGUUGCGAACUUCCUCAGAAGCCAGGACCUGAAGCCUCGCACGUGCAUCUUCAACGAGAAGCGCAAGGACAUGUUCCGAGUCAAACGCGCCAUUCGCGCUCUCCACUCCGAAGCUUACGAGAAAGCCCGCAAGAAGAACAACCUCCUGCCGCCUGUUACCGACCGUGCUUCUGCCGAGAAUGCGUUCAAGCUGCUUCCUCUCUCCCUUCUUGCUCUCCGUGUCUCCAAAUUCGACCCGCACGAAGGCCACGGUCAUGGAAAGAAGAAGCGUGUCAAGGGACUCUGGACCGUGCGUGUGGAGCAGCAGCAGAACGCGGAUGAUGACUCGCACUAUGUGUGGCUAUAUGAAGGCCCCCAGUGGAAGCAGAAGCUGUAUGCUGGCCUUGCUCUUGUUGCAGUCUUUGCUGUCGUCAUGUUCCCUCUGUGGCCGCUCUUUAUGCGUCAAGGCGUCUGGUACCUCAGCAUGGGCAUGUUGGGUUUGAUUGGCCUCUUCUUUGCCAUGGCUAUUUUCCGCUUGAUCUUGUUCUGCAUCACGGUCUUCAUCGUUCCGCCUGGUCUCUGGCUGUAUCCCAACCUUUUCGAGGAUGUCGGGUUCUUCGAUUCGUUCCGGCCCGUGUGGGCGUGGCAAGAGACCGAGGAAGAUAAGAAGAGAGUACGGGAGGCAAAGAAGGCGAAAAAGGUGGAAAGGGCUGAGAAGAAGAAGGUUAAGGAGGCCGGCGCUCACAGCCACGAUCACCCGCACAACCACGCCCACGCACAUGGACCCAAUCCUCCAGCCGCUGCACCUGCACCUGCUGCAGCGCCAGUCAAGGAAGAACCCGCUGCAGCUCCCGAGGCGCCUGUCGACAACGCCUCUGCUCCGACUGGCGUUGAACAGCCGGCUGGAGACGUUCGCCAACGAAUCCACGCGAGUGUUGAGGAGGCCGAUGACGAGUAG